CCAUGAGAAGGUCACAAUGAUGCAUGCCGCCUUGGGGAUAUGGAUCUUAUCAGCAGUGAUCUGCGUGGGGAGAGGAGAUCACCAUUAUGGCCACAGUCAGGGAGACCAGAACACCGGACCUGAACCCAGCGCCGCCAGCCUCUCUCUGUUGAAUUCAGCAAACAAACAGUUCUCCUUUGAAUUGUACAGCAAGUUAGCAGCUCAUAUUGACUCAGCGGGAAAGAACAUCUUCUUCUCCCCAAUCAGUGUGUCUCACGCCUUGGCUGCCUUGUCCGUAGGAGCACGGCGUAUGACCCACAGUCAGAUAUUCAGCGGCUUGGGUUUCAACAGCACCCUCUUGACACAGGAAGAAGUUAAUCAAGCUUUCCAUAAACUUCUAGAAGAGACAAACAGCCCAUCUCAGAAAGAAGUCAGCGAAGGGACUGCUGUAUUUAUAGACAACCGCCUCAAACCAAAGCCUGAGUUCCUGGAGACCUUGAAGCAGUCCUACUUUGCAGAGGGGUUCAAUGUCGACUUCACCCAAACCGCAGAAAGUGCUGAUACCAUCAAUAAGUAUGUGGAGGACAAGACCAACGGGAAGAUAAAGAAACUUGUCGAGGGCUUGGAUCCAAGCACAGUCAUGUAUCUCAUCAGCUACAUCUACUACAAAGGAACUUGGGCGACUCCAUUUGAUGCUAUGCGAACCAAGGAGGAUAUCUUCAAUGUGGAUGACAACAACAAGGUUGCAUGUCCAGAUGAUGAAUAUGGAGAUCAGAGAUAUGAUGUCUUUAUUCCAAAGUUCUCCAUCAAGACCUCCUACACACUGAACGAUGUGCUGAUCUCAAUGGGAAUGACCAAUAUGUUUAGUGAUCUUGCAGAUUUUAGUGGCAUUUCAGAGGGGCGAAAACUGGCAGUCUCAGACGUUGUGCACCAAGCUACCCUUGAUGUCGAUGAGGCCGGAGCCACAGCUGCAGCAGCCACAGGCAUCGGCAUCACACUUAUGUCCUUCCAGAGCAUCCCUGUCUUGAAGUUCAAUCGUCCAUUUAUGGUUACCAUCGUUGAACGCAUCACAGAAAACAUCCUUUUCUUGGGCAAGAUCAUCAACCCGGAAAUCUGAUGGGAUACGCAGAUUUGUAUUUGCUUGAGCAAAGCAGUGACAUCACAUAUAAAAAACCCUAA